GUUUACACACACUCCCCGAACAGGACCGAGAGACACGGAGGGCGAAUGAGAGCAAGAAAGAGAGAGAGAGAGAGAAAGAGAGGCACUCAGUGAUAGGAGUCCGGAUGAGGGAAUUUAGUUUGACGAGGACCAGAGCUGCUGUCUUCUUCUGCCCAGUAGGUCACAUCCUUCUUCUCUGAGAGGGAAAACGAACUGUGGAGCAGGAACUGUCAUACUGGGACGGCUGCCAGCCACUGAAACAUGCACGUUCACACACUCUUCCACACACAUACACACACAUAACACACAAACUCAUACAAUUUGAAGAGGACAAAUCCGUGGAGAUCCGAGGCGCUUGUCAGAAGAUCCCCUAAUUCACCGAGUCAAUCAUCUGCUGAGUGAGUGGGAACGACUUUCACAGCGGAGAUCAACCCGCCGACAGAUUCCCAUCCAGUGGGAGGGAUAACCAGCUUUCCCCUGACCUUUGAUUAACAAGGCUCCCUCCCUGGUGGAUGCCCGAGCGGGACGUCACUGUCGGGACGGCUACACGGUGAGACGGGACAUGUGGAGAUCAUCAUAAACAGCGAGGGAUCUGCUCUCCCUGCGUAAUAGCAAGCGCUGUAAGCUUCUGUUGGCCUGGUUAUGAGGAAAUCCCCUUAUGGAACAUUGUACGUACGACCCGCGAGACAGAAACGCCAGCGGAGGAUCAGUAUGUGCCCGUGGCUGUGAGGUCAGAAGGAUAAGAGUCAGGGUUUAGGAGGGGUCAGAGGGAAAGCAGGGACACAAUGUUGGUGAUGUUGGAAGAGGCGGUACAGCUCCCUGACCCCUGUCCCCUCCAGGUAUGACCCUGAACCCCUCCUGGGGCUCUCUGGACAGGGGUACGGCCGACUGGUUCGGGGUGAGUAAGGACAGCGACAGCACCCAGCGAUGGAGGAGGAAGAGCCUGCAGCACUGCAACCAGCUGUACGGGGGUCUGAAACCCCAGGUGAUGAGGGAGAUGGAGCUUCCCAGCCAAGACAACCUCUCCCUGGCCAGCACUGAGACCCCUCCUCCCCUCUACCUUCCACCCCUCCACCCCAGUCACCACCACUAUGGCAUGCAGAGGAUCGUAGACCCCUUGGCGCGGGGUCGUGCCUUCCGUAUGGUGGACGACGCGGACGGCCUCAGCGUCCCGCAGACUCCCAUCACUCCCGGUGCCGCCUCCCUCUGCUCCUUCUCCAGCUCCCGCUCUGCCCUCAACAGGUUGCCGCGGCGACGCAAACGGGAGUCUGUCGCAGUCAUGAGCCUCAAGGCGGCAGCAGCACUGAUGAAGGGCCGGACCCUUCGGGAGAGCAACAUGCGGCGAUGUCGCAGACGGAGUUUCAUGCCUCCUAGUGUCUUUGACGAUGACACUGUGGACUUUCCUGAUGAGCUCGACACUUCUUUCUUCACCAGAGAAGGUCUGCCGGAUGAGAUGUCCAGUUAUGCUGACGAGGUGUUUGAGACGCCAUCGGAGGCGGCGCUGAACCAGCAGGCGGACGAGUGCGACCUCACAGGAAGUGCUCUGGACAAGAAUGAACUGGAGAGGAGUCACCUCAUGUUGCCUUUAGAGCGAGGCUGGCGUAAGGCCAAAGAUGGCUCUCUGGUCCAGCCAAAGGUGCGCCUGAGGCAGGAAGUGGUGAGCGUCAACGGGCAUCAGCAGCGAGGACAACGGAUUGCUGUCCCCGUUAAGAAGCUGUUUGCCCGGGAGAAGAGGCCGUACGGUCUGGGCAUGGUUGGGCGCCUCACCAAUCGGACGUACCGGAAGCGCAUUGACAGCUUUGUGCAGAGGCAGAUCGAGGAUAUGGAUGAUCACAGGCCUUUCUUUACGUAUUGGAUCACAUUUGUCCAUUUGCUCAUCACCAUUCUGGCUGUCACUAUCUACGGCAUUGCCCCUGUGGGCUUCUCUCAGCACGAAACUGUUGACUCUGUGUUGAGGAACAAGGGAGUUUAUGAAAAUGUCAAGUUUGUGCAACAAGAAAACUUUUGGGUUGGCCCAAAUUCAGAGGCGCUGAUUCACCUGGGAGCCAAGUUCUCCCCCUGCAUGCGUCAGGACCAGGAGGUUCACGAGCUGAUCCAGGAGAAGAGAGUGAGAGAGAGAGACUCAGGCUGCUGUGUGAGGAAUGAUCGCUCCGGCUGCCUGCAGACCUUGCAGGAGGAGUGUUCGAGUACACUGGCAGUGUGGAUAAAGUGGCCUCAGCACCCGAGUGCUCCCAGUCUGAAUGGUAAACUACGGCAGCACGGCUCCGUCUGCCAUCAGGACCCCAGAAUUUGUCUGGAACCAGCCUCAGUUUCCCCUCAUGAGUGGCCUGAUGACAUCACCAAGUGGCCGAUUUGUACGAGGUACAACUCCGGGAACCACACCAACCUCCCCCACAUAGACUGUGCCAUCACAGGGCGGCCCUGCUGCAUCGGAACCAAAGGACGAUGUGAAAUCACUUCCAGAGAGUAUUGUGAUUUCAUGAGGGGCUACUUCCAUGAGGAGGCUACUCUCUGCUCACAGGUGGCCUGUAUGGAUGAUGUGUGUGGUCUGCUGCCUUUCCUCAACCCCGAGAUCCCAGACCAGUUCUAUCGGCUCUGGCUCUCUCUCUUCCUUCACGCUGGGAUCCUGCACUGCCUGGUGUCAGUCUUGUUCCAGAUGACGGUGCUGAGGGACCUGGAGAAGCUGGCAGGCUGGCUGCGAAUCUCCAUCAUCUACAUCCUCAGCGGCAUCACCGGCAACUUGGCCUCAGCCAUCUUCCUGCCCUACAGAGCUGAGGUGGGGCCAGCAGGCAGCCAGUUUGGCAUCCUUGCAUGUCUGUUUGUGGAGCUUUUUCAGAGUUGGCAGAUCCUGGAACGGCCGUGGAGAGCCUUUGCCAAGCUGCUGGCCAUCGCUGUCUUCCUCUUCUCUUUCGGCCUGCUGCCAUGGAUUGACAACUUUGCUCACGUCUGUGGCUUUGUAUCCGGAUUCUUCCUCUCUUUCGCCUUCCUGCCGUACAUCAGCUUUGGGCGUUCUGACAUGUACCGGAAGCGAGUCCAGAUCUGUGUCUUCCUGCUGGUGUUUGUGGGUCUGUUCUCAGCUCUGGCCGUCCUCUUCUAUGUCUACCCUGUGAAGUGUGACUGGUGCGAGUACCUCACCUGCAUCCCCAUCACUGACAAGUUCUGUGAGAAGUACGACCUGAACGCCCAUCUCCACUGAGCACCGGCCUCUGAACAAUUUGACUGCUCUGCAGUAGCCGCACCGCCGUUCCAUUUCUAACUGUAGGAUGUUAAUGAAGCUGAAAAUUGCCUUCAGAUGUGGGAAAAGAACAAAUGGAGCUUGUUUCUCCAGGAAUAACAACUAAUAUUCCAGUACAACACAGUGACUCAGACUGAAAGUGAAUACCAGACAUCGGUUGUAUCAUCUGGAUGGGUACGACUGAAAAAAAAGCUGUAAUGCAUGAAAAUCUUGGACGUGGCUCAACUCUACAUCUUAGUGCAUGGGAAUUAAACUAAUAAUGGAAAGCUGUUUGAAAAGAAUUAGUGAAUCAUUUUUGUGGUAGUUUGAUCUCUAGCUGGUCUACUGAAUUAUCAGUCACUUUGACAGUGAUUAAACAGCCAGAGUGGGCUUCAGUAGGCCGAUUUUUUGCCAAACAAGUCAUCGCCUCACUCCUCUGGGAAAACUGACUAAACAGCACCACUUAGUGGCCAAAGAGGAACAUUACAACCUCACAUGGCUGCACUAUGGGAGGGGGGAUGUUUUGUACUUUUUUAUACUGACAUUGAGCAAUGUGCUAAGAGUUUUAUCCACAAACUGGAUGUCCUUAGAGUUAACACUUUCUAGAAAAGGAGACUGUAAAAUGCCUGACUGUGCCUUAUUGACACACACACUCACACACACAACUUGUCAAACACAAGAUGUCAAACGGUGCCAUGUAUCAGUUUGAGUUUGUUUCUGGAACCAUCCAAGGUGGAGGUCACACAGUUAUGGAUCUUGCUUCUUUCAAUUCUAUAGGAGCUGCAUUUCACAAGAUAAAACUGAGCAAACUGUCAAAAUCACAUAAAGCAAACUUUGAUUUCAUUGUUGAAAAAUCUCUCGGGUGACUGAAUUGUUAAAAUAACAGUUCACCCAAAAUACAAAAAAGAUAUUGUCCCAUUUACCCCCGUGUAGUAUACUGUAUCCAAAUAAUUUCUUUGUGACUUGUUGACAUUUCCAUCCCCAAGUUGAGGGCAGAUAGAUACAUUUUACUGGUAUUCUUUGGCAGGAAAUAGUUCUCAAAUAAACUCUUUGCCCCUAAGGCCUGUGGAUUAUGUUGAGCAUCUGUGUCAUUGUUUUUGGAAAAAACUACUCCUGGUGAGUUUUUCACAUGUAAAUUUUUGGUUUUAGCUCCACAAACGAAUACCCGUCCAGCCCCAUUGUUUUGAGGUGAAGGGAGAUAGACUGGAAACCUGUAAAAGUAACUGGCUGGAUAGAUUUCACAAGGGGUAAAUGGCAGCCUGUCUUUUUUUGUAUUUUAGGUGAACUGCUCCUUUGACCUCAACCUUUCCUUGGUUCCCACCACAGCCUAUAAUGCACUUUCUCACAGAUGGGGUAUUUUGUUUGUUCGUUGUUUUUUUCUUUCUACCCGGUGUUACAUCUGUAAAGAGAACACUUGUAUGUUAACCUGUUGCAUCAUGUAGAGAUGAUACUGUGGUGAACUGCAUCUUUGUUCUACUGUAUAUGGUGGCGUUUUAGCUACCUGACCAUAAACACCAACAUGGAACAAGCCUCGUCCAUUCCUAUAUGCCUGUGUGCUUCUUGUUUA